AUGGCCACGCGUAAUCCUCGCAAAGCAUCGUGCUGCAUCAGACCCACGGACAUGAGCAGCAUGUUCCAGUUCACUAUCAGCCUGCCACAAAACAUCCAGCACCACGAUGUGCCGAGUAGUAAUAAUUUCAAAACUAAACUUUAUACACAAUUACCUUCUGGAAUGGAGCCCAGGAUGCUGGCGGCGUUGCCCCUUUGCACCGCCAGACUUAAUCGUUGGGUAAUAUGUUUAGCUGCUGCAGUACUUGUGGUGGUAGCACAAAAUGAGCACGAGCAUAAAAUUGCGCAUUCCUCCCAGUACAUAACGCGCCACGACGGCCCAGUGCUAAAAGCGUAUAUAAAAGAGCAUAAGACCGAGCAUAGCCAUGAGCACAAACAUGAGCAUGGACAAGAGAAUAGUCACGAGCAUAAGCAUGAGCACAGCCAUGAGCACUGGCACGAGCUGAAACAUGAAGAUAAUCAUGAACACAAGCAUGAACAUGGACACGAGCACUGGCAUGAGCAGAAACAUGAGCAUGGACAUGAACAUGGACACGAAUAUUGGCACGAGGAGAAACAUGAGCACCACCAUGAACACAAGCAUGAGCAUGAGCUCGAGCAUUGGCAUGAACACAAACAUGGACACGGACAUGAGCAAAGUCACGAGCACAAGCAUGAGCACAAACACGAACCUGCCCAUUCCUCGCAGCACAUCUCCAAGCACGACGGGCAUGCGGAGGUGGUCACCAUCAAGGAUCAUCACGGGCACGAGAAGCAUGUUGACUACUACACGCAUCCCAAGUACGAAUUCAAGUACGAGGUGGAGGACAAGCACACGGGCGACCACAAGACGCAGCACGAGCACCGCGACGGCGACGUCGUCAAGGGCUUCUACAGCCUGCACGAGCCCGACGGCUCCGUCAGGGACGUGCACUACGAGAGCGACAAAAAGACUGGUUUCCAUGCUGACAUCAAACACAGCACCCACCACAUUGUUCCUGAGCACCAUCACCACCAUUAAAUAAAUUCCU